CGAGUGCGAACAGCAGCAGGUCAGUGAGAGUCAGAGUCCGAUAGUGAAGAGAAGCUAGAGGAGGAGGAGCCGAGAAGGGGGGGGUGCGAGAAGAAGGCCGAGAAAAUGCCAGCCAUUAAGCUGCAAAGCUCAGAUGGAGAGAUCUUUGAGGUUGAUGUAGAAAUAGCAAAGCAAUCCAUCACUAUCAAAACAAUGUUGGAAGAUCUAGGUAUGGAUGAUGAAGGUGAUGAUGAUCCAGUGCCACUCCCAAAUGUGAAUGCUGCUAUUCUGAAAAAGGUGAUCCAGUGGUGUACACAUCACCGAGAUGACCCUCCCCCACCAGAGGAUGAUGAAAACAAAGAAAAGCGAACCGACGACAUACCUGUGUGGGAUCAAGAGUUUCUGAAAGUUGACCAGGGCACACUCUUUGAAUUAAUUCUGGCUGCAAACUACCUUGAUAUCAAGGGCCUUCUAGAUGUAACCUGCAAAACAGUGGCAAACAUGAUUAAAGGAAAAACCCCUGAAGAAAUUCGCAAAACGUUCAACAUAAAGAAUGAUUUUACUGAGGAAGAGGAAGCACAGGUACGGAAGGAAAAUCAGUGGUGUGAAGAGAAGUGAUCCAGUGGGAAACGACGUGUGCAGCUCGAUAGAAAAUCUCUGCUUGCACAAUUUAUUAAUCACUAAUAGCCUGUGAUACUUUGAAAUAUAUUGUCAAGAUAGCCAUGCAUAAACAUUUGUAAUAGUGUUAAUUUUGAGCUUAUGCUUGCUUCAUGAAACCUAUUCUUUAGUGUGUUGAAUAAUGUCUCUAGCAUAUUUAUUACUUCACCGUAUCUGACUUUUUUCAUUGCUCAUUAGAAUGAAAGUUGUAUAAAGAACUCCACCUGGCAAUACGGCAGCAAUUAUGAUUUGAAACUUUUUUUUAAGUAUCUUUAAUUAAAGUUUACUUUUUUAUUGUGGUUUUCUGUUGGGUUUUUAAAACAAAAUUACUCUUUGGCCCACAGUUCAUCUCUAAUUGAAUACAUAGCAUCAUCACUACUGAUAUAUCGAUUUUUACUUAGGACCAUGAAAACUGAUUAUAAAAACCCAACAGAAUACAGAAUACCUUUGAUUGGUGAACAGUCCAGUGAUGUUUCAAGAUACAUUCCUGCUACAUCAGUGAUGAAUUGUUUCCAUUCUUGUCCAAACUUGAUAUUUACUGUGCACAGCCGAAGCUGAUAGAGAAAUGUCCUACAACCAGAUAAAGACAGUAAUGAGGGUAGUACUGGUUUAAAUAAAAGACCUGUGCUGAAAGCGUU